AUGGCUUUCUACUGGUUAUUAUGUCUUUUCAUUUAUCUCUUUUCUCAUCAUAUUUCUCCAACAGUUCAGGGAGAAAUAGAAUACGUAUGUGUUGAUAUCUAUAAGCAACCUGCAUUUCAACAUCCAUCGAUGAAGAAUCACCAAAUCCAGAUGAGACCAAGCGUCGAGUUUCAAGCCAUGCUAUCGAUGGAGCCAGAAACAUCAGAUAUGAUUACUAGUAGUAAAUCUGAAGAACGUUGUCCUAAAGGACAAGUACCAAUUCACAAACCGCAAAGUAACUACACUAAUAACUUUAUCCAUCCGGAGACAACAAUUACAGCAGCUAAUCUACAUUAUGCAAUUAUCAAAACAUUCGACAAUUCCACAGAGAGAUUCGGUGGAGCACAAGCGGUUUUCAGUAUCUACAAACCAAGGGUAUUAAAAAAUCAGUUUAGCAAAGCUUGGGUUUGGCUAAAUCACAGAGAAAAAGAUAUGAUAAGCAGCAUCCAAUUCGGUUGGGCUGUGCAUACAGGGUUGUACCGAGAUGAUCGUCCAAGGCUAACAACAUUCUCGGUAGGUAGCAAACACCAAAAUGGAUGCUACAACGCGUUGUGUCCAGGAGGAUAUGUCCAAGUCCAUAAAACAAUCUACCCUGGUAUGGUUUACGACAAAGUUAGUGUUGUAGGCAAAAAGCAGCACGAUGUUCAUCUUCUCGUAGGUCAGGACUCCAAAACAAAGAGCUGGUUAUUGAUGACGAGAAAGACCUUGAUAGGCUACUGGCCCUCUCAUAUGUAUUCGAUGGAAGGAGCAUCACAAAUUUAUUUCGGCGGGUAUACAGAAGGGCCAACUGGAGCUAUCAGUCCUCCGAUGGGGGCAGGGACUUUUCCGAGAGAAGUAAACCGUAUAGACAACUUAGCAAGUUUCAUGAAACAGCUUAAAUCUUUCCAAGACAAAAGUCUGGUCGAUAUUAAUUGCCAUAGUUUUGAGGAAUACGUAGAUAGUCCAAAGUGUUAUGAUGUAUGGUAUCGUGAGUUUGAAUUAGGCAGUGGAGAGAUGCUCACGUUCGGUGGACCUGGUGGGGUUUGUGGUAUGGUCUAA